AUGGGAGUUAUGGAAAAUGAAUCAUUUUUAUCAAAUAUUCCCCAAGCAGCUGAUAAUACUGUUGGAAUUAUUUAUUUACUUUUUGGUAUGUGUUCUGUUUUUGGGAAUAGCCUUCUGUUAUAUAUUUCUUUCACUAAGAGGCAAUUGCUGAAACCAGCAGAAUACUUCAUAGUAAACCUGGCCUUCAGUGACCUUGGAAUGACCGUUAUCUUGUACCCUCUUGCUAUCACAUCCAGCUUUUCACACAGGUGGAUAUAUGGAAGACAUGUCUGCCUGUUUUAUGCAUUCUGUGGUGUAUUGUUUGGGAUUUGUAGCCUAUCCACAGUCACAUUAUUGAGUAUAGUGUGCUGUGUCAAAGUUUGCUUCCCAGCAUAUGGAAAUAGAUUUGGCCACAAGUUGGGAUGCAUCCUUGUCACUUGUGCAUGGGUUUAUGCAGCUAUAUUUGCCUUCUUACCUCUAAUUCACUUGGGAGAAUAUGGGCUUGAGCCGUAUGGGACAGCUUGCUGUAUUGACUGGCAGUCUUCUAAUAUAAACAGAGUAGCAAAGUACUACAUAAUAGCUCUGUUUGUAGUUUGUUUCAUUAUCCCAUGUGGGAUCAUCAUUACCUCUUUUACACUUAUACUGAUAACUGUCAAGGAAUCCCGAAAAGCGGUGGCACUGCAUGGCGCUAUUCCCACCAGGAUGAGCAACGUCCAAAACAUCAUAAUCAAGUUAAGCAUCGCUGUGUGCAUUGGAUUCUUCACAGCUUGGAGCCCAUAUGCAAUAAUUUCGAUGUGGGCCACAUUUGGAUCUAUCGAUAUCAUACCACCUUUGGCAUUUGCAGUACCCUCUGUGUUUGCAAAAUCUUCAACAAUUUACAAUCCAAUUAUUUACCUCCUAUUGAAGCCCAACUUCCGAGAUAUUCUUGGACAACAAUUGGUUGCUCUGUGGGAGCUUUGUACCCAGUGCUUUGUUUGCCUGAAGCCUGUCCUUUCCUGCCACAUUAUGUCACUGCACCACAAACUCUUCAAAAAGAAAAAUAAGUCAAUAAGUUAUUCAAAAAAGUCAGUUGGAAGCUAUUCCUUUAACACAUGUGAAACAUGCAAAGAUACUUUUGAAUACUUCAAGCAUUACCCGAAAUGCUGUAGUACACAGUAUAGUUUUGGUUCAGAGUUGAGGCAACAAGAUGAAACCAAAAAUUCUAAAAAUUCCAUAAGGGUUAUUGUACAAGGACAUAAUAUAGCAGAUACUGAUAACUUUGAAAUUACUUUAGAAGUAAUACCAGAGUGCAGUAAAUGUACUUAUUAA